AUGUCUGGACGUGGGAAGAAACAGGCAGUGGCUGGCACCUCUGGAAGUACCUCAAAGAGCAGGUCAGCCAGGGCAGGUCUGCAGUUCCCUGUGGGUCGUGUCUCCAGACACCUCAGAAGAGGGAAGUACGCUGACAGGAUUGGCUCUGGUGCUGCCAUCUACCUGGCUGCAGUGCUGGAGUACUUGGUAGCAGAGGUCCUGGAGCUGGCAGGCAACGCUGCACGUGAAAACAAGAAGACAAGGAUCAUACCCAGGCACAUUCAGCUGGCUGUGAGAAAUGAUGAUGAGCUGAACAAGUUCCUUGCUGGUGUGACCAUUCCAGAAGGUGGGGUUCUGCCAAAUAUCCUUGCUCAGCUCCUUCCCAAGAAGACUUUGGUGAAGAAAACUGGUGGGGAUGCUUCUUCUUCCCAAGAAUAUGGUGGUAGCCAGUGAAACUUGCCUUUUCUGGUCUGGUCUCUGCACUCAUGGAUGAUGUGCCUCAGUACCACUGAUUUGUAUGUGUCUACUCCUUUGUCAAGUAUUUUGUCUGCUCAUUUUAAAGGAAUUUUUUAAAGCAUGUAAUAAUAAAGUUUCUAGAAUGC